GGACCAACGAGAUAAUUUUUAACUUUGCUGAUGAGGGAAAUCCACUCAUGUGAAAUAUUUGAUGGAGAGGACUGGAAAAAAACACUUGCCUGCAAUUCUAAAGCACUGUACAAUGGAAUGUCCAAAAUAGUUGAUAGCUGAUAGCUGUGUGCCUGAUACAUGGUGGUGUGGAGCCACCUUUUUUUUCAGAAAGACUGUUCUGUCAGGUGUGCAACCUUCAGCCCCCAGUACCAGACCUUCAAGAGAUUGUUGACUAUGACUUCAGAGCAAAGAUGACCAAGAUCCAGUUGGUACAGAAUGUAAAUGAGGCACAGUGUGCUAUAAUGGAGGCAUCUGACUUAUUAAGUUUGCUGGGGUCUCUAUGGCACAUCCGGACGCUAGAGGACAGAGACAACUUAGUGGAAUCAACUACCAAGUUUUUUUUACUGAGAACAAGUUGAGGGAUUCCUUGGAACAGAACAUAUACUUCUCGAUCAUAUAUGGCAAAGACUUCGCUCACGUUUGGAGCAUGCACUUGCCAGGAUGCCUGUGGAUUUGGACUUUUUAGAAUUUAUCUGUGUUCAGGAGUUGGUGUUCCUCAGUGCCGUAUCCCCCCAGGUCAUCAUUCCUGUUGAUAUAUGGGAAGCUUUGACUGGUCUACAUCAUGUAAUUACUUCAGAAAGACAAAGAAAUGAGACGCAUGUUGUGACAGCGCACUUUGAACAAGGUAGUUGUGGACGACCAAAAGCAGUCAUUGGUUGUGAAUAUCUCACCAGUUAGCUUGAGAUGAACUUACCAGUGAGGUGCAUUGCCUCUCUUCUGGGGGUAUCUGAACGGACUGUACAUAGACGACUGGCAGAGUUCAACCUAUCAGUUAGAUCACUUUAUAGUUCACUAACAGACAGUGAACUAGACACAUUAGUGUCUUCUAUUAAGUCUAGAAUGCCAAACUCUGGGUAUAGGAUGGUGAAGGGAGCUUUGAAAGCUGAAGGGCACAAGGUGCAAUAUGAGCGGGUGAGGGCAUCACUUCAUCGAGUGGACACACUGGGAGUUUUAUCCAGGAUGACAGAGCUGGGUUGUGUUGUACGGAGGAGAUAUUCAGUCCCAGGUCCCAAAUCACUGAUGCACAUUGACACUAACCACAAAUUAAUAAGGUAUAACAUUGUCUUGUUUGGAGGUGUGGACGGCUUUUCGCGAAAGAUAAUGUACCUUGGCGCAGCCACAAACAAUACUGCAUUAACUGCACUGACCUUCUUCCAAGAGGCUGUGGAAAGAUAUGGCUUCCCUCUCAGGGUCAGAGGGGACGAUGGAGUUGAGAAUGUGGACAUUGCACGUUUAAUGUUCACAAUUCGUGGCACAGGAAGAAGCAGUUUCAUUUCAGGAAAAAGUGUCCACAACCAAAGAAUAGAGAGACUGUGGAGAGAUGUGUGGACUGCAGUGACCAGAGUGUACUAUGAUGUGCUAUACUAUCUUGAGGAGGACAACUACCUUAAUAUUGCAGACCAAACACAUCUCUUCUGUUGCCACUACACAUUCCUGCCAAGGCUGCAAGAUGAUCUAAACUUUUUCAGAGAUGGGUGGGAUAAUCACCCUUUGAGAACAGAACAUAACAUGUCUCCAAACCAGCUCUGGGAAUUGGGUCAAAUUCACUAUCAAGUUGAUGAUCCCCCAAACGGAGAGGAAAUGAACUUUGCCGAGAUCGAUUGGGAAAGCAGUGGGCUGCCUCCUGAUGAAAGUGUUGGUGUUAACGUUCCUACUGUACAAUGUCCACUUACAUUUGAGCAACUUACUGCACUGAAGGACACCGUGGAUCCUAGGUCACCAUCACAAUCCUAUGGGAUAGACAUUUACAUGGCUGCAGUGCAGUUUUGCCAAGCACUUGAGUAAUGACACAUUAACUGCUGAAACAAUUUGAAUUUAUUUGGUGGAUAAUUAAAUCAUAAGAUAACAUGUGUAUUUUUGAACACAUAGAAGUAUGGAUUGCUAAAUUGCUUUCGAGCAGGUAUGUUGUAACCUGUUGUUGUUGUUGUUGUUUUUUUGCCCUUUUCCAAAAUAAAACUGCAAUAAUACAA